AUGAUAGAGAGUACAACGAGCGCGUUUGUAGGUGACGGCGGGCCCAGUGAGGGGGCCCCCUUGGAUGAGACGACGAAUUCUGCGGUUACGAGCAGCGACGAUGGCGCGGUUCCUGACAAUGUCUUGCCUGGACGGGCGAGUAACUUUUCAUCACCAGCUCCGGCCACUACUGGCGUUUGGGGUCCAGAGCAAGUAUCCAACCUUAAAAGGGCUUGCAACAUCAAGCAACAUCUCCGCCGAGGCCUGUUGAGGGGGUAG